CAUGGCCUGUACACACCAAGCUUCCUCUCUUUACAGAGCUAACUCCUUUUUGAAACUAUCCUUAGUUUCAUUUCCAUUCUGAAAUCAUGGAUCAAGUAAGGUCUGCAAGCUUAGAAUCUCUGAAUUAUCAGAGCUUCAAAGCUCAGUAUCUUAUCAAGUUUACUCAGUUCUUAGUUUCUGUGUCCGUGUUUUCUUUUCUCUUCUCUCCUUCUUCCUUGCUCGCUUUAUUCCAUUACGUCAACUUCUACUGCUCCACCUUCCCUCUCCAGCUUUUCACUCACACCGUAGAUAAGAACUGUAUGUUCCUCCUCUGCAAUGGCCUUCUGGUUUUUGUGGGUAUCGCCAGAUCUUUCUCUGGGUCUAGCGGCAGCGAUGAUCCUCAUGUGAAGGAUGCUACUUCUUCUUCUUCUUCUUCUUCUUCUGAGUAUGUUGAUGAUGGUUCGAGGUCUGAGUUCUCAGAUAUUGAGGCCACGGAGCCGUUAUUGUUGGAGGUGGAAGAACCUGAUGAACAGAACAUUCCUCCAGAUGAAGCAGUUGAGAUCAGGUACCAUGAAGGAGAUGAAGAUAUAGAGAAGGCAAUUGCAGAAGAUGAGGUUGAUCAAGAGAAAGAAGAAGAAGAAGAAGAAGAAGAACUGAGAAUCUCUCAUUCGGUUCUGGAAGAUGAUGAAGAAUCUGGAAUGUUGGAUGCAGGGGACAAAGAAGGAUCAAAAGGUCACGACCUUCUGAUCCCAGAAAACGUAGAAGAGGAAGAAAUUGAUUAUGAAGAAGGAGAAGGAGAAGAAGAGAGCAGUCUGUUAAGUACAGAGGAAUUGAACAAGAAGUUCGAUGACUUCAUUAGAAGGAUGAGAGAGGAUUUGAGGAUCGAAGCCCGACAACAACUGAUCAUGGUUUAAUAAUAAUGAUCACUAGAAGCAGUAGCCAUGAUUCAGAUUUUUCUAGGAUGCUGUUCUUAGGAUUUUCGUAGGGCCUAAUGAUCAAGUGUAAUUGUUGUAUCUUCUAUGCAUGGUUGCAGUUUUAAUUGCAGGUGCUAAGAAGCAACCUCAGUAUUUCCUACCCUUUUAAUUAUGGAAUCCUAAGUACAUCCCUCUUCUUCCAUAA